AUGUCAGCUCUUCAUGUGUGGUUUUCAUUCAAUAGCAGCAGCUCAGAGCAACAAGUGUCAAAACCAGGAGAAGUUCUCUGUGACGUCUGCACUAGAACUGAACUCAAGGCCCUGAAGUCCUGCCUGGUGUGUCUGGAGCCUCAUCUGACAGCUUCACGUCUGAAAAGAAAUCAGCUGAUUGACCCUGUGGAGAACCUGGAAGGCAGGAUGUGUACUAAACACGAUAAACCUCUGGAGCUGUUCUGUAAGACCGACCAGACAUGUGUCUGCAUGCUCUGCACUGUUUUAGACCACAAGAUGCAUGAUGUUGUUCCUCUGAAAGAAGGAUAUGAAGGAAAGAAGGCAGAGCUAGGGAAGACAGAGGCUGAAAUUCAGCAGAUGAUCCAGAAGAGACGACUGAAGAUUCAGGAGAUUAAACACUCAGUCGACCUCAGUGAGGAAGAUGCAGACAGAGAGAUAGCAGAAGGUGUUCAGGUCUUCACUUCUCUGAAGGAGUCUGUUGAGAGAGGCCUGAAUAGUGUCCAGUCCCUAAACAUCCAACAACCUCCACCCACCAAGGACUGGACAGAGGUCAGCGUCCAUCAAUCAUAUGAGGGGACUGUGUUGAAAGCUGUGGUUCAGCUGGAGGACACACUAAGUAAAGAGAUGAAGAAGCUGCUUGAAGCCGAGCUGAAGAGGGUCCAGCAGUAUGCAGUGGAUGUGACUGAGUCCUGA